GCAUUCACUUCCUACUGAUUUGCUCCAGAGCAGAUAGACUGUGCCGUAUCAUGUCGUCUUAGUUGGGCGCCUCACACUGCUCUCCGCCACAGUAAACAUGUUAUUUCAGUGUAAAUCUCCCCGCUGGUCGCCUCUGAAGCUGGUUCUUUGGUUCGUGGCGUGUCUGGGGUGUUUGUCGGUCCGGUCCGGAGCGGAGGAGGACGGCAGCAGCAGCCCGUGGUACCAGGAGCUCUGCAGUUAUAAAUGGGAGGCCAUAGACCGGGAUAAUAAUAUCAGCUACACGCUAAGGCUGUGCGCGUCCUCACCAUCGACCAGCUGUGGCCCGGGCUCCGCUGUCUGUGCCCGAAACCUCAUCACCAAAGCGGACAAGUCUGUCGGUGAGCUGUCCCUGCAGAGGCUCUCUGGCACGGUGCUGGAUUACAACAGCACAGAAAAAUGUCCAGAAAGCAACAACAACAUUCAGACCAGCAUCAGCUUCCAGUGUGGGAAAACCAUGGGCACCCCGGAGUUUGUUGCUGUGUCUCAGUGUGUGCAUUACUUUGAGUGGAAGACCUUCACCGCCUGCAAGAAAGAUAAAUUCAAGCCGCACAAAGAGGUGCCCUGCUAUGUGUUUGACUCGGACGGUAAGAAGCACGACCUCAACCCUCUGAUUAAAGUGAACGAUGGCUAUCUGGUGGACGACGGCGACGACACCAUCGACUUUUACAUCAACAUCUGCCGAAGUCUCAACGGUCAAGAUAAGUCAUGUCCAGAGGAGUCUGCAGCCUGUCUGGUCACCAGUCAGGGCUCCUACAACAUGGGCUCUCCUACCGGACAGCUGGAGCUGCUGUCCAACGACAAACUGAGGUUACAAUAUGAAGUCAGUAAAGAUUCGUCUACUCCAGAAAUCUGUUCCGGACACACUCCUGGCGUCACCAUCACUUUCGUCUGUCCAUCAAGCAGGCAUUCAGGCAGCCCUCCUAAAAUGAUAGCAGAGUCAAACUGUCGUUACGAGGUGGAGUGGGUGACUGAAUACGCAUGUCACAGAGACUAUCUGGAGAGUCACACCUGCAAACUGACCAGCAAUCAACACGACAUCUCCGUAGACCUAACGCCGCUCACGCUAAGCUCCACAGACCAUCCGUACUACGCACACUCUGGGUCCAGCGAUGGGGACGACAGCUACGUGUACUACCUGAACGUUUGUGGACAGAUUCCCACUAAUGAAUGUGGCCAAGACCAGUUUAUAUCGUCCUGUCAGGUGAAGAAGUCCGGAGACGUGAAAAAGGUGGCUGGAAAAUAUCAACACCAAACGCUACGUUACUCAGAUGGAGAUCUGACUCUGAUCUACCCAGAGGGCAACAGAUGCUCCACCGGCUUCCAGAGAAUGACCAUCAUCAACUUUGAGUGCAACAAGAAUGCGACCAACGGUGGGCGAGGAACUCCAGUUUUCACAGGGGAGACGGACUGCACUUAUUACUUUGACUGGGAGACGGCCUUCGCCUGCGUCAAGGAGAAGGAGGAUCUACUGUGCCAAGUUCGAGAUGGCCACAAACACUACAACCUUUCACCCCUCACCAGAUACCCUGCUUCAGGGUCAGACGUCAGUGAGAACUGGGAGGUGGUGGACGCUAAAUCUACAAAGCAGGACUGGCGUUUCUACUUGAACGUCUGUCACAAAGUCAUCCAGACAGGAGGUGCUGCUGGCUGCCCUUUGAAUGCCUCCAUCUGUGCCGUGGAUAAAGAACAUGGGGCCAUCAGUCUGGGCAGCUUCCUCUCAUCUCCCCAGAAGACUAAAAUAGGAAAUGACAUCAGACUGGUGUAUACUGAUGGAAGUUUUUGCAUGAAUAAAAAGACGAGGAUCCAAACUAUCCUGACCCUCAAGUGCAAAACGGGAGAUCUGGAGAGCGCUCCCGUCCUUCGUAGCCUUUCGUCUGAUGGAUGUGUCUACGAAUUGGAGUGGUACACUGCCGCCGCCUGUGUCCUCUCAAAGACACAGGGAGACAACUGCAAGGUGGAGGACCCUCAGGCUGGGUUCUCUUUCGACUUGUCGCCUCUCUCCAAACCCAAUGGUGGCUACUACAACCUCACUAGCGGCAACUAUGACUACUUUAUCAACGUCUGCGGCCCUGUCACUGCUGGGAACUGUCCUGAAAAGGCUGGAGCAUGCCAGGUCGAAAAGAGCGCUUGGAGUCUUGGGGAAGCAAACUCCCGUCUGUCGUACUAUGACGGUUUGAUCCAACUGACCUACGUUAACGGCUCCCAGUACCACAACAAACAACACACUCUCAGAUCCACACUCAUCUCCUUCCUCUGUGACCCAGAAGCUGGAGCUGGGUACCCCGAAUUCCAGACUGAGGACAAUUACACGUAUAACUUCCGCUGGUAUACAUCCUACGCUUGUCCUGAAAGGCCUCAUGAGUGUUUGGUGACAGACCCCAACACUCUUGAGCAGUACGACUUGUCCAGUUUGUCCCGCUCUAGCAGCAACUGGCAGACCAUGGAUCUGUCUGACCCCACGAACCUAAAGAAGUACUACAUCAACAUAUGUCGGCCUAUCAACGCUGUAUCAGGCUGCGACCGCAAAGCGUCCGUCUGCCAGAUGAAGUACAUAUCCGAGCAGGGCUCUCCGAAGGAGGUUGUGUCAGUCCCUAACAUGGGUAUUUCCAAGCGGGGGCCGAUCAUCGAGGGGCGGGACAGGCUGCUGCUGGAGUUCACAGACGGCUCUGAGUGCAUCUCAGACGGCCAGAAGCUCACAUACACGACACGCAUCCACCUGGUCUGCUCCAGAGGAACUCAGACGAUGCCCCUGCAAUUCCUGCUGUACCAGAACUGUACUGCCAACUUCGAGUGGUACACCAGGGCAGCCUGCGCCAUCAAAACCACAGAGACCAACAGCUGCGCUGUGGUGGACCCCAUCACUGGCUUUGAGUUCAACCUUCAGCUUCUGGCCUCUAAGACUGGAUACAAGACAAGUGGGAAUGGCAAGGACUUCUUGGUGAAUAUCUGCUCAGAAGUGACAGAAUGCGGGUCCGGCAUGGCUGGCUGUGAGCUGGAAGACAGGCAUCCCAUCAGCCCUGUGGGGGUGGAGAAGACCCUGCAGUACUCCACCGAUGGCCUGCUCAGCCUGACAUAUAAAGGAAUCCUGGACGAGCCCACAGCAACUCGGGACACCUUCACCAUUAAUUUUGUGUGUGAUCCAAACUCUCAUCCCGGUUCAUUGAAACUGCUGCAAGAGGACUUAAGUUCUUUAUCCAGCCACACGGUCCACAACGUCCUCUUUGAGUUCUCCACUGCUCUGGCCUGCAUCCCUGCUCCGGUCGACUGCCAGAUUAUUGAUUCCUAUGGUAACGAGUAUGACCUGAGGCACCUGAUCCGUGACAGCCCGUGGACCGCCAUACAUACAGAUGCGGUCAAAUCGCGCAACUUUUACAUCAGCGUCUGCAAGCCCCUCCCCACUCUGAGUGACUGUCCAGUGGGUCCUUUGGGUGCUUGUGGUGUGAUUGAUGGCAAGAGUUACAACCUGGGAUACGUCCAGUCCAGCCCGCAGGCGGCGGAGGACGGCUCCAUCAGCAUUGUUUACCAGAACGGAGACCGGUGUGGCUCAACAUCCCGCUACUCAACACGCAUCAUCUUCCAGUGUGAUGACAAACCGGGUGACCCCAUGUUUGACGGUGAACAUGGCUGUGAAUAUGUCUUUAUCUGGAGGACAUCUGAAGCCUGCCCCAUCAGGAAGUCUCAAGGUGAUGACUGCCGAGUUCGUGACCCCAAGACUGGCUACGAGUUCAACCUGAGCUCCCUGAAGGGUCGUGAUUACCCUGUCAGGAAUGAUAAGUACAUCUACCACCUAUCGGUCUGUGGGGGGCUCCAGAGAGGCGUCUGCACCCACAAAGACACAGGAAAUGAAUCUGUCUCCUCCUGCCAGGUGGAUGGGGAGACCCACAAGAUUGCAGGAAUGGAAAGCCAGGUUCUGACUUAUGUGGGAGACCAGCUCAUUCUGAAUUACACUAAUGGAGAGGACUGUCACAAGAUAUACAAACGAUCCACCGAGAUUUACUUCUUCUGCCACCCUGACAGGCAUCCUGGAACACCAGAGUUCAUCAAGGAGACUCCAGACUGUACCUACAUGUUCAACUGGCCCACCGCUCUGGCCUGCAUUCCAGUCAAAACCACCAGCUGCUCUUACAAUGAUGGUCAGGGCCACUCGUACGACCUCUCCUCUCUGGCUAUGGACACUGGAAACUGGGAGGUGGAGACCUCGACUGAGGACACAAAGAACCGAUUUUACAUCAACGUCUGCAGAUCACUGGUGCAGCAGGGAGGUUCAUGGAAGUGUCCCUCCAGUGCAGCGUCCUGUUUGAAGGUUGGAGAGGACUAUGUGAGUCUGGGUCAGGUGGAGUCUGGUCCUGCAUGGGACAGAAAUGUGCUGAAGCUGCAGUACACCAGCGGCCAGCUGUGUCCUGAUAGAAUCCGCAACAAGAGUAGCAUCAUUCGCUUCAAGUGUGACAAAGACAAAGUGGACUCCCGGCCUACUCUGAUCUCUGCCAUUGAGGACUGUGUGUACACCUUCCUCUGGUUAACAGCUGCCGCCUGCCCUCUGAACAGCACCCAACACGACAACUGCAGGGUCACCAACCCCGCUACAGGUCAUUUGUUUGAUCUCAAUGUUCUGACAAAGGAAGGAGGUUACACCGUGUACGACCCUCAGGACCACAGGAAGAUGUUCCGCAUGAACAUCUGUGGAAACGUGAGCAACGUUGGAUGCAGCCCCGACACUGCUGUGUGUAUCAAGGAUGCCACGACUGCAGUGAGCGGUGGUCUACUGAGCAGGAAACUGUCAUACAAGGAUCACGUUCUGGAGCUGACGUAUGAAGGAGGAAGUCCCUGCCUAGCAAACCCCGCCCUCAAAUACAACACCAUCAUCAAUUUCAUCUGCAGGCCACCUAUCAUGGGCUCGGCCCCACCAGAGCCAGUUCUCAUCGCCUCCAAUGCUGAGACUUGCACAUACUUCUUCUCUUUCCACACACCCCUGGUCUGCGAGGAACAAGUUAAGUGUUCAGUCCAGAACGGCUCCUCUCUUAUAGACCUGACUCCCCUGAUUCAUGUCAGCGGAUACUACACAGCAACAGAUGAGGCAGUGGACCAAAGUGAUGACUCUCCAGACUUCUACAUAAACAUCUGUCAGCCUCUGAACCCCAUCCCCGGGGUCACCUGCCCUCCCGGAGCUGCCGUCUGUAUGGAUCCUGAUAAUGGACCGCCUGUGGACAUUGGGCGGACGACUAGUGGCCCCAAGAUCAAUAGUGCAACAGGUGAAGUGUCCAUCACUUACGACAGCUCUACAAAGUGUGCGGCCGAUCCGGCACAGAACUACACUUCAACCAUCAUCUUUACCUGCCAGAGAGGCCUGGAGCUGGGCUCUCCGCAAAUGCUGAGGCUUCAGGAAUGUGUCUAUUUGUUUGAGUGGGCGACUCCUAUAGUGUGUUCAGAUGCCACCCACAUGAACGCCAGCAGUUGCAAGCUCACCGACACCCAGCUCCAGUUCACCUUUGACCUUUCAGCCCUUUCCGGUGAAGUCCAGGUACCAGUUGGUUCCAGCACCUACCACAUCAACGUCUGCAGCUCAGUGUCGGAACCGGACUGUAAGAAGAGCGCAGUUUGUCGGGUGUCUGGUUCUGGUCCAGACAAGUCAGCCUCAUCAUUUGGCAUCAGCAAGGUCAUGACGAUGGACUUCAAACAUGACGAGGAGGCCGUACUGAUGCAAUAUGGUGGAGGAGAUCCCUGUCCACCAGUGACAAAUGAGGGCGAGGUGUGUGUGCUCCCCUUCACUAUCAUGAAGAAGUCAUACACAGAGUGCACCAAAGAUGGAAUGACAGAUGGCAGGAAGUGGUGUGCCACCACUGCAAACUAUGACACGGACAAGAAGUGGGGCUUCUGCAGUGAAGCCGCUGGUAAGCGACAGUCCUCCAUAUUGUUUACCUGCGACCAGUCUGCGGGUCACGGCACUCCGCAGCUGCUCUCAGAGACGGCAGGUUGUUCAGCCACUUUUCAGUGGCGCACCAGCGCCGUUUGUCCACCGGUGAAGAUGGAGUGUAAACUGGUCAGCCAGCAUCAGACCUUCGACCUCCGAACCCUGUCCUCCCUCACGGAGCCGUGGAAGUUUAGCCACCAAGGAGAUUCGUACUUCAUCAACCUGUGUCAGGGUAUCCACGGUGGAUUACCAGGUUGUCCUGAAGGAGCGACUGUGUGCCGACGUUCAGCAGCAGGAGUGACCCAGACCCUGGGCCGAGUUUACACUCAGAAAAUGAGCUACACCGAUGGAAAGAUAUUUAUUAAUUACUCAUCUGGAGAAGAAGUCUGUGGUAACGGUGUGAAGGCCAAGACUGUGAUCCAGCUGAGCUGCGGCUCCACUGUCGGACACCCAGCACUCAUCAGCGUGGAUAAGGCUUCAUGUCAGUUUGUGAUUGGCUGGGAGACCCGGUCUGCGUGCGCAGUGAAGCAGCGUGAGGUGGUGAUGGUGAAUGGGACGAUACGGGUUCCUGACACUGGAGCCAGCCUCAGUCUGGGAGAGCUCUACUUCAGCCACCAUCAGGCAUCUGGAGACAUCCGUCGUAACGGAGAUCGCUACAUCUACCACAUCCAGUUGUCCGGCAUCACCAACAACUCCCUUCCCUCCUGUCUCGGUGCCAACAUCUGUCAGGUCAAACUCAACGCGCCCUACAGACGCAGGAUUGGCUCCUCUAGCAGGGCCAGGUACUACGUCAAAGGAGGAAACCUGGAUGUGAUGGUCCCCUCGGAGUCGGCGUGCGGGCGGGAGAAGACCAAAACGGUGUCGUCCACCAUCAUGUUCCACUGUAACCCCUCGGCAGGCGUCGGCAUCCCAGAGUUCAUGCUGGAGACGGAUGAGUGCCAGUAUCUGUUUGUGUGGCACACGAAAGCUGUGUGUGGUCUCACAACUGUUGACGCACAGUCGUAUGAUGACAACGGCAGCGAGGCACAGGGUGUCUCCAGGCAGAGGCAGGUGAUGGGGGUGAUGCUGAGCCUCCUGAUGGUGGGUCUGUCUGUCUGUCUGCUGGGGCUCCUGCUCCACAAGAGAGAGAGGAGAGAGCUGGUGAUCCAGAAGGUCGCUGGCUGCUGCAGGAGAGGAAACCAAGUCUCCUAUAAAUAUUCAAAGGUCAAUAUGGACGAGGAAGGCGGCGAAGAGGAGAUGGAGUGGCUAAUGGAGGAGCUCGAAGCCCCUCCCACGUCCUCUUCCUCCCACAAAGGGAAGAGUAACCACGGCAACGGUCACAUCACGACCAAGCCGGUGAACACGGACGGCCUGCGCUCUUUCUCGCUGGACGAGCAGGAUGACGACAGCGAGGACGAGGUGCUGAGCGUCCCGGGGGUGCGAGUGGUCAAAUCCGUAACGGCCCAUCGCAGCCCCUUCCUCCAGGAGGAGAGCGACGAGGACCUGGUCGGCCUCCUGGACGAGUCAGAGAGGAAGAGGAAGAGCAGCAAACCUCGCUCCUCGCUCAAUCACGGUAACAACACAGCAACCAAUAGGAAACGGGACGAGGAUGACAGUGACGAGGACCUCCUCAGGGUGUGAUGUCACUUCCUCCGUCCUGCUCCUCUUUCCCCACAACCAAUCUGAACUUCUCAGUGAAUGUCUCCGUAACAGCAACAUAUUGAAAGCAGAAACCUUCCCUCUAUUUUGGGAUUCUUUUUGUUGGACUGCACCUUUACUCGGUCUCAGACUCUAUCCAGUCCACUGUCUACAGACUGUCGAUGUUAGCACAUCUUAUUUAUUGAUAGCCGAUUAUUUAAAGUGUUCUGCAGGCUGUUUCUAAACCUGCACCCUCUUUCUUUUUCCUUUUUCUUUUCCAUUUUCUUUCAUAAUUCUGAAAUGAAUUAAGUUGCUUCACUAUAGUUACUUCAGUCUUUCCACAUUUAUCUAAUACACACUCUAAAAAUCAACCCCGGAGGCUA